AAUGAGCUGACGCUUGUUGUGAAAUGGGAAUAAGGCCGCGGGUCAGACCGUUUUAAAAGACAGCCUGCUAAUUUUUUUUCAUUGUUAGGUUUUGUAUAAUAACGUAGACAUUUUGAACAUGCACUCCCAGAUUUUAUGUGGCGGCACAGCUGCGGCUGUUGCUGCGAGAAGGGUGCGGUAUAUUUUGGGUUGUGUCCUGGGAAGAGACGGCUGGAUGUUCAGAACUCAUGAGGUCAAACUUCUGAACACAGCCUCAGGUGACACAGUGAAGAUUGGUGAGAUCACUUACAAACUCAAGCCACCCCAGAAUCCAGAGCUUGUUCCUGUGAAACACAUUUCAGACUCCCUACCGCAGACGGUGGCUCAACACCUCCGAUGGAUUAUGCAGAAAGACCUUUUGGGUCAGGAUGUGUUCCUCAUUGGCCCCCCAGGACCCCUGAGAAGAUCCAUUGCUAUGCAGUACCUUGAGUUGACUAAACGGGAAGUGGAGUAUGUCGCUUUGUCCAGGGACACCACAGAGACCGACCUGAAACAGAGGAGAGAGAUUCGAUCGGGGACGGCCUUCUACAUAGACCAGUGUGCUGUAAGGGCCGCAAUAAGAGGCCGAGUCCUGGUCCUGGAGGGGCUGGAGAAAGCCGAGAGGAACGUCCUGCCUGUUCUUAACAACCUGCUGGAGAAUCGAGAGAUGCAGCUGGAGGAUGGCCGCUUCCUCAUGUCAGCGGAGCGUUAUGACAAGCUGCUGCAGGAGCACACCAAAGAGGAGCUGGACAGCUGGAAGAUUGUCCGCGUAAGCGAGGACUUUCGGGUCAUCGCGCUUGGUCUUCCUGUACCCAAGUACAAAGGCAAUCCGCUGGAUCCUCCUCUCCGCUCUCGCUUCCAGGCUAGAGACGUCUAUUACCUACCAUUCAAGGACCAGUUGGAGUUGCUGUACUCAGCAGGACCAAAUGUCGCUGCAGAAAGAGUUUCCCAGCUGCUCUCACUAGCUACUACGCUAUGCUCCCAGGAAUCAUCCAGCCUAGGCCUUCCUGACUUUCCUGUGGACAACCUGCUUCCUGCCCUUCAUGUCCUGAACUCUUUCCCAAUGCUAUCCUGCCAGCAACUGCUCCAUAGGCUUUAUCCAUAUAACAGUAUGUUGGGCAAGGACGGUCGCACUGCUGUUGAGGGUGUACUCAGUCGAUUUGAGCUUCUGGAUGGUCAUCGUCAGCCAGCACCCACCACCAUUUUGAGUGUGUCCACGGCAAAAGAUGUAGAAGGCCAUGCAGACAUCACUUUACAUGUAGUGGACAAAGACAUCACCUUUCAGGUUCCAGCAGGCGUUAAGGAGCCACGUCCACCCAAAAGCAGUCCCACCUACAUUCAUACACCAAGCCACUCCCAGUUGUUGGCCGAGAUGAUACAGUCGCACAUGGUUAAGGACAUAUGUCUGAUAGGACCUAAGGGUUGCGGCAAGUCGGUGAUUGCCAGAGAGUUUGCUGAGAUGCUGGGUUACAGCAUGGAGCCUGUCAUGCUCUACCAGGACAUGACAGUCAGGGACCUUCUCCAACAGAGGUACACGCUCCCAAAUGGGGACACAGCAUGGAGGCCAUCUCCACUGGUCACUGCUGCCAUGGAGGGCAAGCUGCUGCUUCUCGACGGCAUACACAGAGUCAACCUGGGAACCUUGGCUGUACUAUCCAGGUUACUCUAUGACAGGGAGAUAGAUCUGUAUGAUGGGACCAGGCUGCUGAGGUGGGACAGAUACCAGACUCUAAAGGAACAACUACAUUUAAGUGACCAGGAACUGCAAGAGAGAUCUGUUUUCCCCAUUCAUCCAUCGUUCAGAGUGCUGGCCCUAGCAGAACCCCCUGUCGUGGGGAGUGCAGGCAGCAACAGCAGAGCUCAGCAGUGGUUGGGCCCCGAGGUGCUCACUAUGUUCCUUUACCACAAUGUCAUGCCGCUGGCCAAAGAAGAGGAGAUGGGCCUCAUACAGGGACUGGCUCCUAAUGUACCGAUGGAAGGAGCAGAGCAGCUACUGCACCUUGCACACAGUCUCCGCAAGACAAAUGACCCCACAGCACAGUCUCUGGCCUCGUCUCUCUCCACUAGACAGCUACUAAGGAUCUGUCGCCGUCUCUCUCGGCACCCUGAGGAGAGCGUCACUCACGCAGUCAAUAAGGCUUGUCUCUCCAGAUUCCUGCCCAGCCUGGCCCGUUCCUCUCUUCAAAAAAACCUCAUGAACUGCUCCAUACAGGAUGCAACAGACCCUGCUGAUCGCUCUCUUGAUUAUCCCUGUAUGGUAAAGGACGGUGUGUUGACCAUUGGGAGUGUCUCCGCUCCCAUCUACAAUGCUGACCAGAAAAUGAAGGUUCCUGAUGUGCUCUUCUAUGAUAAUCCCCAGCACAUGAUGGUGAUGGAGGACAUGCUGAAAGACUUUCUGUUAGGAGAGCACCUCCUCUUAGUGGGAAACCAGGGUGUUGGCAAAAAUAAAAUUGUGGACCGGUUCCUGCACCUUCUCAACAGGCCCAGAGAAUAUCUACAGCUCCACAGGGAUACAACAGUCCAGACUCUGACCUUACAGCCCUCGGUGCGAGAUGGCAUCAUUACAUAUGAGGACUCCCCUCUGGUAAAGGCAGUGAAGUUUGGCCACGUGUUAGUGAUAGAUGAGGCCGACAAAGCUCCUACAAACGUCACCUGCAUUCUCAAAACCCUGGUGGAGAGCGGAGAGAUGAUCCUGGCUGAUGGACGCAAAAUCAUCUCAGGUCCACGUGACGCCAAGGGGAGGCCUAACACCAUAAUUAUGCACCCAGACUUCAGGAUGAUCGUCCUCGCUAACAGACCUGGUUUUCCUUUCCUGGGCAAUGACUUCUUUGGAGCUCUAGGCGAUAUUUUUAGCUGCCAUGCUGUGGACAACCCGAAGCCCAAAGCGGAGCUGGCUAUGCUAAAACAGUAUGGCCCCGAUGUUCCCGAUGCUAUGUUGCAAAAGCUCGUGGCAGCCUUUGGAGAGCUCAGGUCCAUGGCCGACCAGGGUACCAUCAACUACCCCUAUUCUACUAGAGAGGUGGUCAACAUUGUCAAACACCUCCAGAAAUUUCCCGAUGAGGGUCUGGCCAACGUGGUGAGAAACGUCUUCGACUUUGACUCAUACAACAAAGACAUGCGGGAGGUUCUAAUUGAAGCACUGCACAAGCACGGGAUUCCCAUUGGAGCCAAGCCCAGCUCUGUCAAGCUGGCUAAGGAGUUUCCCUUGCCGGAGGUCAAGAUGACAGGAUAUUGGACCAUAAACCAAGGUGGCAACGCUCGACGCAAACUACUGUGUCCCACGGACACACGGCCCAUAGAUGUCAAGGGCCCAGUGUUUCUGCGUGUCCAGAAGCACCCCUGCAACAGGCAGGAAAGCAGGGCUUUGAGUUUCACUGAAGAGAAAGCCCACUGGCAGAUUCCCAUGAAUGAAGUUAACAUCAUCUGUGACGUCACCACCAAAGAUGAUGUGCUGUAUGUGGCCACCUGUAACCCAGUGUCCCUGUACUCCAUGAAGGAGCGUGGGGAAACUAUCGAGUGCAUAGAGCUCUACGAUGUCUUCCCCAGGACCAUCAGUGGUGUCUGGCAGCCCUUUGUUACGGUUGCUCCACUUGGGAGUCCACUGGAUGGACAGGUGGUGCUGCACGAGGAACAGGGUAACACAGUGCUCCAUUUGGACUUGGUGACAGGCGCCUUGCGGAGGCUCAUGAUUUCCCCCGACAGUGAUCAGUCUUCCAGCAGAGCGUCGAACUGGUGGAACAGUAAGGAACAACAGGCAGGGUAUAAAAUGUGUCGUGACUUCUCCCACAAAAACUGGCUUCUGUUCUAUAAGGAGGACAGCAACCAGCUGGAGGUCCUGGAUGUGCUUGAGGGACGAGUUCACUCCAUCUCCCUUCCCAUCAACCUAAAGUCUGUCUUCCUGGUGGCAGAGGACCGCUGGCUGCUGCUGGAGAGCAACUCUAACAAGAAGUUCCUGCUGACCAAGCCCAUGCACAUGGCAGCUGAAGGCUCUGGAGUGUGUCAGCUUCACAGCAUCAGUGAGGACUCAGUCAACUCAGGCCAUGGAACAAGCUCAGCCGAGUUGUCUAUACCCCAGAUGCUGUCAUGUGAGCAGCUACCCAACGAGAACCUGAGUGCCGCUCUGAACCAGAAGAUUGUUUCCCCUAACCGUGUGCUGGUUGACACAGAUUCCUAUGCGCGGCUCAUCGUCGGCUUCCCAGAUCUCAUGUCACCUAAUGAAGUGUACAGCUUUAAAAGACCCGUCAACCUAUCAGCGAUAAAGAGUGGUGACAGCGGGGCUCAAGCGUUCUUCAGAGGAGGGCUUCGGAGCGCCACGGCCAAACAGGAGAAUUGUGUCAGUCUGAUCCCGGUCAAUCAGGUGGUUCGAGCUCUUCCACCUAACAAAGUCCCCCUAAAAGAGCUGUACCCCAAAGACGUCACACCUCCAAUGACAGCGGCAUACCUGGAGGUGACUGAUCUCAACUCCAAGAAGCUCAAAUAUAUUCCUGUUCCAAGGUCAAUGACUGUGUCGCCCUACACCAACUGGGUGUCCAAGGUGUCAGAGUGUGAUGUGCUGAUAGCUGCUCUUGGUUCUGGAGGUGUCGUCACGGUGGAUAUGGGCGGGUACAUCCGUCUCUGGGAGACAGGAUUAGACACCUUGCAGCGCUCACUGAUGGAAUGGAGGAAUAUGAUUGGCUCAGAGGACGGCAGACCCAUACAGAUCACCAUCCAGAGGGACAGUGGCCUGGAUGUCAGCGCCCCGAAACAUGGCAAGAUCGACCCCCACAAUGCUCCUCAUGUCGGGGGUAACCAGUGGGCGGGAGGCACAGGUGGCAGAGACACAGCAGGGCUGGGUGGCAAGGGAGGCCCCUAUCGUCUGGAUGCAGGGCAUAAGGUCUAUCAGGUUUCACAGGUGGAGAAGGAUGCGGUUCCUGAAGAGAUCCGUAAGGCAGCCCGAGAAAUGGCUGAAAAGGCCUUCAAAGAAAGGUUGAAGGAGAUUGAUAUGAGUGAAUACGAUGCUGCUACAUACGAGCGCUUCUCCAGUGCCGUGAGGAGACAAGUUCAGUCACUCCGCAUCAUCCUGGACAGUUUACAGGCUAAAGGGAAGGAGCGGCAGUGGUUAAAGAACCAGGCUCUGGGAGAGCUGGAUGACACCAAGAUCAUCGAUGGACUGACUGGAGAGAAGGCUAUAUAUAAACGCAGGGGAGAGCUGGAACCAGAGCUGGGCAGCCCUCAGCAGAAGCCCAAGCGGUUACGGGUGUUGGCCGACGUGUCGGGCAGCAUGUACCGCUUCAACGGUGUGGAUGGCAGGCUGGAGCGCUCCAUGGAAGCUGUGUGUAUGGUCAUGGAAGCUCUUGAGAACUAUGAGCACAAAUUCAAGUAUGACAUAGUGGGCCACUCGGGUGAUGGCUACGACAUUGAACUGGUCACGGCAGACAAAAUCCCCAAGAAUAACAAGCAGAGACUUAAAGUCCUGAGGGUCAUGCAUGCCCACGCUCAGUUCUGCAUGAGUGGUGACUACACUCUGGAGGGGACGGAGGCCAGCAUCAAGGAGCUGGCGAGAGAAGAAGCAGAUGAGCACUUUGUGGUGGUGCUGAGCGACGCUAAUCUGGAGCGCUACGGCAUUCGGCCCGAGCGCUUUGCCCAAGUCUUGACCUCUGACCCACAGGUCAAUGCCUUUGCCAUUUUCAUUGGCUCCCUUGGGGAUCAGGCUGAAAGACUCCAAAAGACCCUUCCAGCAGGGAGGUCCUUUGUCGCCAUGGACACCAAGCAGAUCCCCCAAAUCCUGCAGCAGAUCUUCACCUCCACAAUGUUAUCCAGUGCCUGAUGCAAACACAUAGUACAUACCGUACACUCACUUGUUAUCUCACACACCCAAAACUUCAAAAAGUUUGUUAUGAAAGCGCUGAAAAUCUUCGCACUCUGUGUCAGAUCAAAUGACUGUAUCACGGCUGCAGCAGGUCGGGAGGGGUCGCAUUAGCACGAGCCGGGGGUUGGACAGUUUAUUAUUGUUAAGAAGCCUGUUAGCAUGACAGAGUAACUAAUGUUUAGACAUUUUGCUGUGUCCCUCUGGGAACAGCUACAGUACACAAAGUGUGUGAUCUCUUUUAGUGUGACUGUAAUCUGCUGUGUAAUCGGUGACGCGAAUGCCUGGAGCCUGUCUCAGAUCCCAUGUAGGGAUCAAACACACAGCCUAACCAGCUGUUCUUUUUAAUUGUGUUUUUGCCCCUACACACACACGCACACACACACACACCUUUGUCCUCUAUCGGGCUGUGAGAAACUCAAAGGGAAGGGCCAUGGAGUCGUGACAGCAUCCAUUUAUGUCAGAGCUCCUCACUUCUUGUCUGUCACGCAGAAAAAUGCACAGACACACGCAAGAAAGCUGACAGUAAAGCCCCACCUGACCGACACUUGGAUGCGCCGAGCAGCAAUAACUUGGCGCCUUUGGUAUGUUGGGACUGCCACCAGGGAAUUUCCCACCUGGCUGCACGCGGACUUUAAAGCCUGCCGCUGUUGUACACCCCCAUGCUGUGUGAGUGUGCGUGUAUGUGUGUGUGUAUUUUCCUAGAGCAUCUAUGUCAACAUGUGCAGACCCUUUCCUUCCUGUCUGGUGGAACGUGUGUUGCCUCGUGUGCGCUCAGAGCUGCCUUUCAUUGCAUGAGCUCCCAAACACAAAAUACUUUCACUGCGAGACAGAUGAAGAGAAAAAUCCAGGACUAGUGGGUCAGUGUGGGCACACAGAUCUUUGCCACGUGUAUCAAACAUCAUAUCAGUGUCUUCCCUGGUUGUCAUAGUUAUUGUUCAUGCCUGACUAUGUUGAAUCAAUAGAAGCCUGUCCAGCUGUCAGCCUCUAUUGAUUUCUGUGAGUGAGGCAUAUGCCAUUUUUUUAUUAACCUACUUUAAUUUGCCUCUGGCUCUUAGGCUGCUGAUUAGUUGGAAAUGUAAGACAUUUGCUGGGUGGAACCUCAUGUUGGGAAGGCAUUAAAAAGUGUAUAUUAAAAUUCAUACAAGUAUCUAGUUUUUACAUUGUUAAUUUCUGGUGAAAUAAACUGUAAAAGUAAUGUAGAGCAUUUUAAUAAAUGUUAACAUUGCUAUUUGAUUCAAUUUCUGCCCCAUCACUUCCCUUCUGAAGACUAUUUCUGCUGCUGCUCGAUUAUCCGAUUAAUCACAUUUGUGACGAGCGUUCCUGUCCUUCCUGGUGUUGCAAAAGAAAACCGUUUAUCUGCAGAUGUGGUCAUUUUUUUAAAACAAGUGGAGAUAAUGGAUGAAGAUUAAGUAUUUCUUAACAAGAAGCAGUCAGAGAGUGCAAACCUCCGUCAAAGCAGCUCACUCUCUGAGCAGGUUUUACUUUCAGGGAAAUCAUUUCAUAUUUUGUAAAUUUUUGUUUGGUUUUCUUUGUUCUUUUUAAAUGUACUUUGAAAACUUUGUAGUCCAGUUAAAAUCAGAUAAGGGAAGCAUGAAGAUGUUUACUUUGAUUACAGAAACCUUCUGAAGGAGUAGCCGAUGGAUAAUAGGUAUGAUUUGUAAAUAACUGGACGAAUAACUUUAUUUUAUAAUGUAAUAUUAUACUGCAGUGUAUUUUUAACUAGCCAACUCAUUCUCUUUCUUUAAAGAUAGAAGACAUUGUGGGGUCAACCUGAAAGAAAGGCAGAUUUGAAAUGUAAAAGUGAGGUCAGAGGUCAAAUGUGAUAUGAUAUUUAGAUGCAAACUAUAAUGUGAUGUUUAGAGUCCCCAUAUACCAGAAUCGUUCAAUAAAUGCUUUUAAGUGUAUAGCUUGAAAGAUGAGACAUUUUAUGAAAGUUUGAUAUUAUUUGACCUUGAAGAAGAGGUCAAAGGUCCAAAGUAAGUGAUAUUUAGAAUCCCCAUAUAUCAUCCCCUAUAUGCCCAUAUGGUGUCAGUAUAAACAAUGGCAGUAAUGGCAACAGGUCUAUAUAGUUUUAUUAUCGCUUUGACAUUCAGUUCAAUCGAUUGACCUUGAAGGAGAGGUCACAGGCCAAAUGUGACAUGAUAUUAAAGGACCUUGAAGACUUCAGUGGAUAGAAGCCAGAUUUUAAUAGAUUGUUAACAUGAGUCCACUUUACACGCCUAAAAGGGUUUUUUUUUUAUUAUCAGAAUUCAAUAAAAACUUUCUGACCUAUCAUGUUUACAGACUGAAAUAAUGGCAGCGAUACACACAAGCGUUUGCUGGUGGUAAUAAGUGGAGACUAGUCUCUAAAUUGUAAUUUUACAGAAGAAAUGAAGUAAAACUUCCAGUUGGAGAAUGGCCACUGCUUGCUAUUAACACAAAAACUGACUUCUUUAGUUCAUAAUUCCUAAAAGUACUCCGGGCUGCCCCUUUCUUGCAGUGGGUUGUCACGGCUGAUGGAUCCGCAUGUUUUGAUUUGGCACAGAUUUUGCACUAGAUGCUCUUUUUGUUCCCAAUGCAAUCAUCUUCCAACAUUUAUAAUACAUUAAGAAAAAAAACUUUUGCUUUUGCUUGACACAAGCCGUAAUUGUGAGCAGAUUAAAGGACAUUUUGCAAGUGUUGGUUAGAGUCAACAUUUAUAAUUUCAUAUUCAGUGUCAGCAACAUAUUUAGGAUGUUUAGUAAAACCACGAAUGAUAUGUGGGCAAUAAUGCGUUACUGUGUUGUGUAUAAUUCUAUAACAGAACACAAGAACUCCAUUCUUAGAAACCGAGGCAGUUCUUUGCAUCCCAGACCGCUCGGCUUUCCUCUCAUUUCCUGCUGGUCACUUUUUCCGUGUGCUGCAAUGAUCCAUUCAUUGGACCACAAUCACCAGGCCCACCCUCCCACUGUUUUGACUGUAGCCAAAACAACUGGCUGCAUACUAUGUGCUGUUGUUCACAUAUACGCACAGCAUGCUGAUAGCUCUGGUGCUACAUUGAUUGUGUUCUUUGGGUUUCCGUGCUUUACCACCAGAAAUAAUUUGCCACACUGUUCUCGCUGCUUUGAAGUCUUUCCUCCUCCGGUGCUCGGGUAAUGACAUUUUAGCAGAUUAUUUAUAUUCUCAGUCAAUGGCUGUCACGACUUUCUCUGACUAUGCUCCUUCCUCUGUUUACUCUUAGCGGGCCUGUGAGGAAAAAUAAGCGCCCUUUCUAUAACAUAGAGGAUCUUAUUUCAAGAAAUAUAUGAGGUUUAUGUGAAGUUUACAACAUGAAAAAACUCGCACAUGCAAAAUAAGAUUCAUUUACAUAAGAAUGUUGCUGGUAUACAGUGAGUAUGUCUACACUAACCUCUGCUUGGGACUGUCUGCCCAGUGUGCUGGUAAUUACAUACUGCUGCUUGCUUCCUGUGCUAUACUGCUUUAUUGACUCAUUGUUUAUCACCCUGAAUUUGCAAUGACAAAUGGUUUUAGGAUAACUUUAGGUGCCGACACACACUUAACCUGUUACACUUAUCCUAAGUCCCUCUACAAACGCAAAAUAAGACGUGGUAUAGUGGGGCGUUACAUUCAUUAGUCACAGUUAGAUGUGUAUUUAUCUUGUGUUUCCCCCUUCUUACACGCUGGCAUACCCUGUGAGUCACAUUGUAUUUUUUUGCAGUUGGCAAAAUUUAAAAAUAGAGGUUGUAAUGCAAAAUGUGCAAUCUAUUUUCAGCUACUUCUUGCUGAUGUUGUUACAUUUCAUGCCUGGGCACACAAAUACAUGUUCGCUACGUACUGUAAUAAGUGUGAGCAACUCGCAUGGCUGGCUUUGGGUUAAACUACAGUGGGACUGAUCACAGGGGGAACACCACAGGGGGAGAUUGACUGUGACUGUGAUUGAUUGCUGAUCUUGUGGCAGCCCAGCAGGAGACAUGAGGCGGGGUGAUUGCUUUAGUGUUUCCCUAUAAACAUUAAAAGCAGGGGCAUAUGUGCUCGUUGUAGCUGCUGGGUGAUUGAUGCCAGUCUUCUAGUUUGCUUGCAGCCCUGUAUGUUAGGAAUGUACCCACAGGAAUGUUACCUGCUCAGUAGAUGGAAAAAUUUCUCAAAAGCACAGACUCUGUUUUUUGUUUCAAUAAACACAUUGCUGUAAAUGUACAUCUUUGUGUGAACGAUAUGUGCAAUGGCAGCUUUAGUUUGCCUUACUGGGGCACUCUUAAGCAGAAUCCUUAUGCCAGAUAGCUAUCUCAUCCAGCUCUUCUGGGGGCACACCAAGGCAUUCCCAAGGCAGCUGAGAGGCAUAAUCUCUUCAGCGUGUCCUGGGUCUGCCCUGAUGCAUCUUCCCAGUUAGACAUGCCUUCACCUCCAAGGUGUCCUGGCCUAAUCGUGUCCCUGAACCACCUGAGCUGGCUCCUUUUUGUUGUGGAUAACUACUCUACCCUCCUGCAUGAGUUCCUCACCCUAUCUCCAAGGAAGAUCCCGGACACCCUGUGGAGAAAGUUAUUUUCUACUGCUUGUAUCCAUGAUCUAAGUCUUUUGGUCUCUGCCCAAAGCUUAUGGACAUAGAUGAGGGUAAAGACACUGGUGAAUCCACAGCUUUGCUUUCAUGCUCCACUCUUUCUUAACCAUGACAGACCCUUCCCUCCCCAUCUCCAGCUGCCUCCCUCUUCCCACUCCACCACAAUCACCCACACAUGCAGGGCCUAGUCGGGGCAGUCUGCUUCUCUCCACCCCAGGGAAAAGGGUAACACUACCUGGGUCUGGGUGCAGUUUCUCCCUCCAGGGGCAAGGGUACCUAGACCUGGGGCUUAGAGUACGCUUGGGGGAGUGUGAUUGUGUGUACAGUGUCUAUUUAUGUCUGUCUCCACGUUGGGUGAGUGUUGAGUAAUUGCAUAUGAGAGCAUGAGGGUGGGAAUGGAUGUUUGUAUCUGUGUGUGCCUGUUUGUCUGUGUCUAUAUGUCAGGUCGGGUAUCAGACGCCACCUCUCUAGGGACAUCUCAGGCCCUCCAAGGUAUGGAGGCCUAUCUCCCCCCACCACUACCCCUGCCGGUGGCAGACGCCCUCAGACAUCGGUGCAUUGGUGGUUCUUUGUGUCCGGGGAUGGGCGUCCAGGUACACACUGGCUCACUCCUGGUGGGGCUCGCUCGGGCCACUUCGGGGGUGGGGUGCCCUCGGCCUCUCGGCCUGGGGCUCGGUCACUCAGGCACAGCUGGCUGCCGGCGGAGCUCACGGGCACGUCACUGCAACCCCCCCUGGCUUCUGCUCCGUGGCUGCUGAGUGACCCCUCAUCUGGGGCUCUCCUCAGCUCUUUCUGGGAUAGUGGCGCGGCUGCCCCUCUGUUGGUCUUCCUUGGUCUCUUGUGUUCUGAGGGCCCCUGGAUGUCUGGAGUCUUGAUCUCCUCCACACUUGCUUCAUGCCCUGGAGGAUGGGACUGUGGCCCCCCACACCCUCUAGCAGAUCGUUACAUGAAGGAACCUUUUAAAUACAAGCGCGCUCAUGCUCACAGGUGUACACACAGGUGCUCACACACACAAACUACACCCUUUUUGGCUCCUACCUCAAAGCACACUGUGCGCUGUUGAUCUUACGUGCUGCACAAUAAUGUUUAAUAUUUAGUAUUUACUGUUAUAUUCCCAUAGAUCAUCGUGAUGAUGUUGUUUAUUAUAUUGCUCUUUCUUUUUCUGCUUGUUUUCUCUUUUUUCUUUCUCAACAGGUGAUCCAGGUGAUUGAUAUAUGUAUUUUUUGUCUGCUUAUUUUGUUGGUCUUUGUUUUUUGCCCUCUAUCACCGUUCCUCUUCCCCGCUGUUUUUCUUUCCCUCUUUCUUUCUCCCCUUUCUUUUCCCCAGUCAAGUCUGUCCCGUAUUUAGCAAGUGAAAAUAAAAUAAAAUAAACAAUAAAAGGUGAAUCAAAUAGACCAUUACGGCAAGGCUGGGAUGGUCCAUUUGGUAAAGUAAAUCCGUUGGGCAUCUUUCUUCGCCUUUAAACAAUAAUUCUGAUGGCAAAAGAACCAAACGGGACAGGCCAAAAAAACCAAAAACAUGACAGACCGGGAUGUCAUUACAACAGUUUGCAUUACUGCCAAUACUACACCUCUCAAUCUCUUGCUUUCUUCACUUAUGAUGACGACCCAGAGAUGCCCACUUACCCACUUUGGGGCAGCAGCUCUUUCCCAAUGUGGAGUGAACACUCUACACUUUUCCGACUGGGAACUAUGGCCUCAGACUAAUGCUAAUUAAUACUGAAUCUCAUCCCAGCUACUCCACACUGAAAUACAAACCAGCCUAUUCCAAACUGGAGAUUGAAGACAACAGAAUUACAUCAUCUGCAAAAAAGCAUACCUGUAGAUAGGAGCCAACCAAACCUGGUACCCUCUGUUUUUUGGCUGCACCCAACAACGGACUCCUUCUUUUCAAGCUCUUAAGACUACCAUGACGCGGAUGACUGAGAACCUAUAGAGACAUUGUACAGGGGCUGAAGAGCCAUCAACAGUGAGACAGAUAGCAUUCUGUUUGGUCUGUUACUUUGCAGGCGAGUCUUAUGCUUCAGUGCAGCCACAUUUCUUAUUGUUUAUGGUAGCAGGGUGCGUUCCUCAUUUGAAUUAGGUGAAGUUGUAGCACAUUUUCUGGUACUCAUUAGCUGGUAGUAUCAGUGUCUCCGCCUGAGUCUGCGGAGACAAGAAUGUCUGUGUUGUAAAGGGAAGGGAGAAAAACAGCAAGAGAGAGGCCUCAUGUGCCUAAAAGAGGUCUCUCCUGGGUUGGGCACACACCCACACACACCCACACCUUACACACACAGACACACAUCCUGACAAAUAGCCACCUGACAUCCACCCCUGUCAAGCCCUAAUUGAGUUGGACAUGAAAUCUCGGGAGGUGCUUUAUGAGCUGUGCUGCUGACAGACCCAAAGACAGAGUGGCGGAGCACCUGACACAGAAAUGCUGAUACGGAGACACAUGGGCCGCCAGUCAGACUGUUGGAGCAGUGAUGAAAAACAAACUGCAAUACAGAGAGGAUUACACGUCUUUAUUUCAUCACAUCAUUCAAGUUCUCCUGACACAGUUUUUUGUUCCAAACAUGAGUGUAUGUUGAUGAAAUGAUUAAAGGCAAACCUAUUAAUGAUAUAACCCGGGCAAUGUGUUUUUAGCAUGUCAGUAUGUCAGUGUUAUAUGCAGAUAUAAAUACUAUUA